AAAAGGUGGCGCUACAACACUUCUAAUACGCAGUGCGGGUACGCGUAGGAGAUGUCGGCUGGGUGGACCAUGGGGAGGACCCCGAAGCAGUAUUGACGUUAUUCCAGGCUGUAAACAAGAUUCAUUUCUCAUCAGAGCUGCAGUGAACUAUAAUAGAGUAAAGCAUGGGAAGGAGUAUAAGUCGUGCUUUUUACGCUGAAAGUCUGGCUAUCUCCACUAGCUUCGGGAAAGCAAGCAAGCUAGCAAGCAGUAACAUUACAGGCUAGCUUCGCAGAGAAGCUGCUGCCUAUUGUGGCCCGCAACGACCCUCCCAGCUAGCAUCCGUCGCAUGCACAGAGAAAAAAAUGGUGUACCUGUUAAAUCCUAUAGAGAACCUGAGAAGCUACAUCAACAACCGUCCACCGCUGGUCAUUUUUAUGAUCAGUGUCAGUGCAGUGGCCAUCGCCUUCCUGACCAUUGGUUAUUUCUUUAAGAUUAAGGAGAUCAAGUCUCCAGAGUUGACAGAGGACUGGAACACCUUUCUGCUGCGCUUCAAUGAGCUGGACUUUUGUGUCUCAGAGAAUGAAACGAUAAAGCACGGUCUGAACGAGUCGACCACACCAGAGAGCAUGGUUGUGACCAGCGGCCAAGCUCGUUCUAGCACCCAGGUUCCCCUCCUGCUAGAGGACUCAGGUCCCAUCAACAUCUCAGUCCCCAUCACCCUCACGCUGGACCCCCAGCGCCCGUUUGGAGGGUACUCUCGCAACCUCACCCACCUGUAUGCCACAGUGCUGGGGCAGCAAGCUGGCUUGUCUAGCCGGGAAGCCCAUGAAGAAAUAAACAUCACUUUCACCCUGCCUGUUUCCUGGAACUCAGACGAGUGUGUACUGCACGGCCACUGCGAGCAGGUGGUGUUCAGCACUUGCAUGACCAUCACAGCGACAAGCAAUAUCUUCCCAGUCACAGUGCAGCCGCCACACUGCGUGCCAGAGACAUACACCAAUGCCACAUCUUGGUACAAGGUGUUCACCACAGUCCGUGACUCCGAUACUAAGUACAGUCAGGACUACAACCCUUUCUGGUGUUACAAAGGAGCCAUCGGCAAGGUGUACCACGCACUCAACCCAAAGCUUACUGUCAUCGUUCCUGAUGAUGACCGUUCCCUCAUCAACCUGCACCUGAUGCACACAAGCUACUUCCUGUUUGUCAUGGUCAUCACUAUGUUCUGCUAUGCAGUCAUCAAGGGGCGGCCUGGCAAAGUACGGCAAACCAACCCUGACUUCUGCCCUGAGAAGGUACAACAGACACCAGCAGUGCUAUAUGACGAGAACAGAUGGCGUUGUCAGAGGGUUAAAAACACAUCAGAGAGCUAUUUUAGAACAUACCUGUAACAUGGACAAACUCAAAGAAACAGAAGACAUAUAAAUAAACAUACCAGUUGCCUAGUGAACCCUGGAAAUACAGUAAGGGACACAAAAGCUCUGUUAAUGCAUUACUCUUGCAAUGUUGGGUUUUUCCAACCAAAGAUAUACAAGUGCCUGUAUCUGUCUUGUAAAUAUUUGUAGGAACUCUAAUAUUCUGUUUAAAACCUUUUUGUUCUUUUUGUUGAUUGAUAUUAUUUUGCCUGAGUCCCCUUGUGCCAUGUCAGAACAUGCAGUACAUAAACAAAGCAGAACGCCAAACCCGAGAACUACACAGACCAGAAGACCAGACCCAAGAACUACACGGCCAUUUUUCUAGCAGUCAUUCAUUCUCAUUUACCAAGCAAGAUAGAAAAACCACAGAGAAGUGGGUUACAUGGAACCUAUCACAGAUUUCAGUUAUGAGCUUUUCCUGUAAAUGUUUAAAUGAUACCCUAAAACCUGUAAACAUUAUCUCCCAUAAUGAGAGAGCAUGAUUAUUAGUCACUUGAAAUAUGUUUAAGUGAACUAAAUAUGCUUAAAUACUCAGGUUGAGAUAAUUGCUUGAGGAUGAGAUGCUUGUUACACACUGAUAAUUAAAUCUUCAGUAUAUGCUCUUGUCAUUGCAGCUUAAAUGGGGAAGAGCAUUAAUUGAGCACUGUUCUCUGCACCAGACUCAACAGUGUAAUCAAAACUCUAAUCAGAAUUUGGACAUUGCAUGAAGUCUGUUUAAACUUGCACUUCAUUUAUUUAAUUGGACUGUCAAUUAUAACAAUAGGUCUUUACCAGAUCAAAAAUUGUCUUUCCAUGUGUGUCUGCAAUGUCAAUAAAUGUGGAGUCAAAUAUUUAGAUGAUUGCACCGUGCACAUUCAUUAUAUGAACAGAAUACACUGUAAACGGUAAAGUUAGAGUCCCGUUGUCUCAGUUAGAAUUCUGUUAGGCUUAUUAGUAAGUCCAUUUAAUGGCAGUUGAAUAAGCUGCAGAACUUCCUGUGAUCUGUGUUGACAAUAGUUUUUUGUUUAAGACGAGUAGAUGUUGCACUUAAAAUGAUUUUCUGCCUUUUGCUUUUCUUCCUCUGGCUUCAUCGCUCACUUGCCUCUUGUCUUAUUUUUUGGCUGUCACUCUUCUGGACUUAAUGUACAAUGCUUCGUUGUUGCUACUGGACGAAGCAAAACAUUCUUGCCUUACCUACGGUGGACUUGCUUGCUUGAAAACAUGGUGGGAAGAUCAUCUUCUCUCUUUCCGACAUUAACUUGCCAGUCCCUUCUUCCACAGCCAUCCUCCUCUUCUCGUUUCUUCCAGUGUGACGAGCCUGUGGUUUGAAAUGAAACUUGUGAUCUUUGUUCUAUUAAUUUAAAUGUCAAGUGGCCCUUGAGUUAUUAUAUUUUAGGAGUCUUUAGAUUUACCUGUGCUUUUAUUUUAAGUAAAUCAUUAUCAGAUGCAAGUGUUUGAAUAAUUAGUGCAAGUUAAGAUUUCUUGCACAUUUUGCAUUAAUGGCUCCUGUGAUUAUUUCUUUGUCUACGGUCACAUAUAAACAGUCUAAUUUGAGCUAUAUAAAACUUGUUUCAGUUGGACACCUUCUAAAAAAUAAAUAUAAUUAUAUUAGCUUAUAAUUGUAUUUGUAUAACUAUGGAGAUAUAUUUAUGAUCAAAUCACUUCAUUUAAAAAAAAAAUGUAUCAUUUAGUAGUACAACAAAAAUGUGGGAAAACCCACUUGGUGUGCGAGUGUGUGUGAGUUUGGGAAAAGUUUAGAUACAUACUGUAAAGGCGGCUUUAGACUGUAAUUCUUUGAAAGCGUCUGGUAUUUAAAGGAUACUUUAAGUUUAAUUGAAUGUCUGAAGUGCACAGGUUUAUAUUGACAAGACCCAGAAAUAAAACACCUUCUCUGACAUUGUACAUUUUCACGUGACUCAGUGUUGUGCUGAAACUCUUAAAUGUAGCUUUCAGGAUGAAAUUCAUGCUCUUCCAUCAUUCUCAUUUCAAGCAUGGCUGACUUUGACAAUCAGUUGCUCUGAAUGUACAGUAUAUUAUAAAAUUUGCAAUAAAGAAAAGAAAAAAACAGUACUCUAAUUACAGUAAGUUAAGAUUGUUGUUAAUGUUAAAAUCUUGAGUCACCAACCACUGUCCUCUGCUGUCUUGACACAUGUCAAAACCUACAAUUAUAUAAUGGGUCCGAUUUGAUUGACUUGCUAAGAGAAGAUGCAGUGUAAAAUCCAAACUUGAUAAUUAACAGUCUAAGUCCGCCUUUAAUGUCUGUUGAGUACAACUUUCUUUCAAUAGCAAUUACUGAUACAUUUUACUUAUCUUUUGUGUAAUAAUUUUGUUUCAUAAUUGUACCUGUUGAAUGUAUUUUUAUAAGCAGCAUAAUCUUAAUCUGAGAUGCAAGAAUUCCAAGUGAUUUUUAAAUUAUGAUGUUGAUUUUUUUUUCAGUUUAAAAGGCUUUACUUGAAUUUUUUUUUUGUUCGAGUGGUAUUCAUAUAGAUUUAUCCUUUUGUGACAGAAAUUAAUUUUGUCACACUAAUUUAUCAAACACUUUUUACAUUUGUUAGAUUUGUACGGAAGCCCUGAUAGGCAAGUGAGGAAAAACAGACUUGUGAUUUAAAUAGUUUCCUCUGUGUUUGACUUAAACAGGUGAGAAAUGUUGGACUGGUGAAAACUGAAGUGUUUGUUGUUGUAAUACUCCGUACAACCACAAGGGGCUGAAGUGCACCACUACCCCAUCUUCUAAAUAAGACUAAAAACAUUCCUGUUUCAUUCAGGUUUUAGGUGAAGUUGUAUUUCUCAAUGUACCCUUAACACAAAGAUACAUACAGUAUAUUGUGUGUUAGCCUGUUAUGUAACUUUACUGCCAUGUCUUUUAUUUUGGCUCGAACUGUAUUUUAAUUGGCGAUAGAAUAUGGGGUAGUCGGGCAAUUCAGCCUCUCGUGGCCGGAAUGAGCUUAAAAAAAAAGAAAGAUCCCCUGACAAAAUGUUUCCACCUGUUUUCACAUGUGAAAUAAGAGUUACAUAGAAAAAUGAUCCUGGCAAAAACACUUUUGUCACCUGUUAAGUCACAGUUCUUAACACAGGAGAGAAAACAAUUUAGAUCAGACGUAGACAAUGGAUCACCAGCCUCACAGGGCUUUUGUAUUUUUGCGUGUGUUUGUUGGUGAAUGAGUGGAAGGUGUUUCUUCAUAUUGAUUGAUGCUAGGACAAGUCUUCCUAAUUCUGAUGUGCAUCAUAUUUGAGGAUGAAUCUGUUGCUUCUAUUGUCAUCACCAUCGCCAGUGCUUUCACAGUGGGACUCAUGCUUGUUUUGGGAAGAUCUGGCAGCUCUUAUUGGAUGGUUGGAAAUUUUAAGUGUUGGACAGGAAGCGUGUGGGGUUUGGCCGGGUGUAUGUGAGUAAAGGGUGGUUGAAGAAUGCCAUAUUAUUGACAAACCGUCAUCAAAAUUUAUGUCAGUGACUGGCCUUUACCUGCUACUUAUCCCUUCUUGUGUGAUUUACUAUUUUCAAUUUUGGUUAGAAUUGCAUCUCUAUAAUUGCAAAAUGCCUUAACAUUGUACAGUUUCAUUUAAGUUUCAUAUAUUUUAAAACGCCAGCUUUACGGAACAAAAUCCAACCACAAUGCUUCUUUUUAUCACUUCGGAGCUAAAAGAAGCUCACAUCAACAUGCUAAGUGUACAUUUAGAGACAUUGAUUUAAAAAAGGAUCUGAUGCUUGCUGUUACUCCUAUAUCAUUAAGGACUUUGAGGAGUAAAAACAGAGGAGCCAUAUUCUCCUUAGUGGCAUCAUCCCACAGUGUUCUUGGCUUAACAUUAAGCUAAACACACAAUAUAAGACUGCCAUUUCACCUUAUCUUGUCUCUUAUGUUAGCAGCGCUUACAGGCAAGUAUUAAGCCAACUCUGUGCCUUCUUCACUAUCAAGCUGCAUCCUCCUCCCUGUACAUACAGUAGAUAGGACCUUAGGUGUAAUGUGGUUAGAACGUCAUCCAAACCCUUUUCCUUUCCAGUGGAACUGCUGUAAAUGAAUUCAAGUUUAAAUAAACUGUCUCCAAAGUUCAA